GAAACAUUAUGCCAACCAGCAAAUAUAUUCUUAUUUGCAUCCUUCUAGCUAUUGCUGUACCAGAAUGUUACGCUCCACCAGUGGCAACCAAUAAUCCAGAACAAAUCAGUAAUUCAGCUGCUUAUGAUAUCUUAAUUCUACUUGGAUACUUGACACAUCUUAUGACUAUUCGCCCAGUCCCUCGAUGUGAAGGCGAAUAUAGUACCUUUUGGCGUGUACCAUAUUUUAUAUAUCCAACAAUAGGGCUUGGUUCUGCUUUAAAGGCUAUAGUUUUUGGAUUUUACGGGGAUACGAUUCUUGGCAUCGACAAGGCCAACAAAUACAUUAAAAAAAUCGAUAAAAAGAAAAGACCACUGGAUAAAAGCUUGGAUGAGCGAUUUCUGGAAUUCUUGGCAAGCUUUAGAGACAAGAUUAAUAUAGAAGCCGAAAAAGACUAUAAUUAUACUCAUAAGCCGGGAGAUAACUUAUUUUAUCUUGCAGCAAUUCUACACUUAAUGAAGCCUAGGCAAGCAAGACGCGUAAAGCAUUGCAUUCUGAACAGCAACAUCUACCUCGGACUAGAAGCGACUCCUAAACAAAUUAACCAGUAUCGCCAACUAAUCCUUUCUGAAGACAUGGUGGUUACUGGGAAAGGAGCCGGAUGCACAUAUCAAACUGACAUAAGCCCUUUUUAUUUUUGCUAUUUGACUGAAGAGAUGAUCAACCAAAUACCCGUAGCGCGUUACCUAGACAAUACUUCAUACACAGAGAUAUGCAUCACCAUCGGCCAGCUUGUUUACACAACGAUUUCUCUCUGCGUUUUGCAUAAGCAGCUAGCAGCAUUUAGUAUUCCAUACGACAAGGAUAUCAACAUUGUAAUCUAUGAAAUUGGAGAUCUCCCCUCAGAAAGUGACAUUUUAAACCCGGAUUUAUAUGACAAAGAAGACAUUAUAGGCAUCCAAACUAGAAUUGGAAACAUAAGAAAUAGAAUGCCAAAUAGUUAUUAUAUGUCUAGUCAUGAAGAUACUAGUUCUAAUCGUGAAGAGGAUACUCCACCGAAAAACAAUGGACCACCACAGGAAAACAGUAAACCCCCAAGUAUUCUUUACGAAGGCAGCUUCUUAGAGAAAAUAAUCCAAAAAGAAAAGAUUAUCGACAACAAUGAAUACAAGACAUAUAUAGAGUACCAUACAUACUCAUACAUUAUUUCUGGGUGUGGAGGACUGACCCUGUCGUUGCUCGUUGGUAUCUGGGCGGAUUAUAGCGCACACAGUGUGACCCAAUGGCUUGUGUUGACAUGGAUCUUGAAUCAAGUACUGUGGAUGUUCUUGACCGGCCUAAAAAGUACUAUUCCAUCUUAUCGAAAAACAAAACGAUCUAUUAUAUUAUCGUGCCUCAUUUAUACCAUUGGAUUUAUUGGUGCAGGAUGUGUAUUUACUGCAGCUGUUAAUGGUUAUGUUCUAUAUAAAUAAUUUAUUGCAAUCUUAAACUGAAUUUUGUAUAUUUAUUUUUACUUUUAUUUUUACUUAUUGUAUUUUCAUAAGAGAAAAUGAAGUCC